GAGUCGGCGGGGAAAGGCCCUACCAAGGGCUGGGUGUUGCAGGGCUGCGGCGGGGUGGGGCGCCCUAGCUACAGGGGCGCUAACUCCUGCCCGGGAGAGUCUGAGACUCACUGAGUAGGUGAGCCUUGAAUUGGCUCUUGCAGGGUAAAGAGGUGUUCAUCAGGGAGACUGGGGGCAGGCGGGCACGGGGCCAGCACCCGAGUGCCAGGGUCGGGGCGUGGACGCCGGGCAAGCUGCGGGACUGAGGAGGAGCCCCCCGGCCGCGGCCGCUGGGGGAACCCGCCUUCGUCCCCCUGCUCCCUUUAGGUAAUGGAGCCUGCGGACGUUGGAGCUUCAGGAUGGUUCAUGCUAAGAGCUGGACCCUGAAGAAACACUUCGUAGGCCACCCUACUAAUAGUGACUUUGAAUUGAAGACAGUCGAACUCCCACCCUUAAAAAAUAGAGAGGUCCUGCUGGAAGCUUUGUUCUUCACUGUGGAUCCUUAUAUGAGAAAUUUGGCUGUUAAAAGAAGAGAGAGAGGGGCUUCCCUGGUGGCGCAGGUUGUGGAAAGUAAGAACUCAGCCUUCCCAACAGGAACAACUGUAGUGGCUCUCGGCUGGACGGCGCACUCCAUUUCUGAUGGGAAAAACCUGGAAAAGCUGCUUGCAGAGUGGCCGGACACGUUACCACUGUCUUUGGCUCUGGGAAUGGUUGGCAUGCCCAGCCUAACAGCCUACUCUGGCCUGCUUGACAUCUCUGGUGUGCAGGGUGGAGAAACAGUGCUGGUGAACGUGGCCGCAGGAGCAGUGGGCUCCGUUGUGGGGCAGAUCGCUAAGCUCAAGGGCUGCAAAGUUGUUGGAGCAGCAGGGUCUGACAAAAGGGUUGCCUGCCUUGAAAAGUAUGGAUUUGAUGUUGCCUUUAACUACAAAACAGUAAAGUCUUUGGAAGAAACUUUGCAAAAAGCCUCUCCUAAGGGUUAUGAUUGUGAUUUUGAUAAUGUGGGUGUAGAGUUUUCCAACGUUGUUAUCCCCCAGAUUAAGAAAUUUGGAAGACUUGCUAUUGCUAUACGUGGGCCCAUCUCUACAUAUAACAGAACCGGCCUCCUUCCCCCAGGUAAUGAGCCCACCCCGGAGGCCAUCAUCUUUAAGGAGCUUCACUUCGAAGGCCUCCCUGUCUAGUGCUGGCAAGGAGAAGUCCGCCAGGCUCUGAAAGGCUUGCUGACAGGGGUCUCAGAGGGUAAAAUCCAGUACCAUGAACAUAUCACUGAAGGAUUUGAAAGCAUGCCAGCUGCAUUUAUGGGAAUGCUGAGAGAAUUUGGGGAAGCAAUAGUGAAAGCAUGAACAAAAAUGACACAUGGAAUCUAGAAAUCAUUUGGAUGAUUACUUAGUUUCUUUAUAAUCAUUUAGUAAAAGGACAGACUGAUGACACCCAAGCGCAAUACAUGCUGGACCAGAAACCAGAAGUCAAGAGCAUAAUUUUACAAAGAUUUCCUGUACUGGGAAUUCCAAUUCAAGAUUUUCUUGAAAUGAAAUGAAUGACUGCUAAGUAUUCGAAAAUCAAAGACAAAAAGUGGCAGUAUCACACUGAAUAUGAGUGAGCUACACUUGAAGCUUCUUAGAGUGGGAAAAACUUGUGACCUACUCAGGUGAGAAAAAUUAGUUAAAAUUGAAACAUUUCACAAUAUAAACAAAAAAUAAUGACUUUACACAUUUUUCUAACAUGAGUCAACAUGCAAAUUGUCAAUGUAAUCAAUAGCAUUGUAUAAAUUGGCUGAAAAAUACAAGAAAAAUGUGAAGAAUGGUUGAUACUGAUAAAUUUAGUUUUGUUUCCAUUUAUGCAAUACAUCAUUGAAUUUAAUGGUAGUAACAGAGUUGACAGAAGAGCUGAAUUUAUUUAAACAGAUAUUGCUUUCAAACUAUAUGCUUUUGUUUCAAAAUCAAAUCAAUUCUUCCGAUAAAAAGAUGAACAACUUUGUAAAUGUGGAUGCAAAUAUCGAAGGAAAAUAAUUUUCUGAUACUUGAAAAAUUUAGGUAUAUGUAGACUAACAACAAAGUGCAUUUGGAAGAACUAUGUAAAUCUACUUUUCAGCUCUAAGUUUUAUUAAUCUCAAUAUGGCUCAAGUAUUUCAAAUAAAAAUUAAGUGUAUGAACUAAGAUGUGCUGCAACUGUAAAAUACACAUGGGUUUUGGAGACAGUGCAAAAAAAUAAUAUAAAAUACCUCACCAAUAAUUUUUUAUACUGGUUAUAUGUUGAUAUAAUAUUAUGGAUAUACUGGGUAAAACAAAUUAUAUUAUUCACCUGUCUCCUCUUACCUUUUUAGAGUGGCUACUAGAAAAUCUGAAAUUAUUACGUGGCUCACAUUCUAUUCCUAAUGG